ACUGCGGGAACACCACGGGGCAAUCUAGAGAGUGGACGUGCCCCCUUCGCUUCGCUGUCUUCUGCACGACUCACGCCUCCCUCCGCAGUGCACUGACUGGAGACCAGCGCGUCGGAGUGGAGAAUCUGGAGCAGCAGGGAACACACGGGUCACCCGCACACACACACGCGAAACGCACCGCAACUCCAGAGGAGUCCCGCAGCACCCGGUCCGAGAGAAAGAAGGGGAUGGGAUAAUACGCACCUCACAUCGGACUCAUUUAAACACUCUUACCUCAGGACCAUAAAAUGAACAUUUCGCGAUUGACUGUCGUACACUUCCCCCCGUCAGCAUAACUCCUCCGGUGUCGCCGUCCGCCGCCUUAUCUUUUGUAUUUUGUUGGUAUCUGGGAUCUUCUCCGUCCGACGCAUCGCACCAUGAGGGGAGGAACCAUGAGGACCGGAGCCGCGGUGCUGCUGCUGCUCUGCGGGCUGGGGGGGCUCGCUCGGGCCGUGGGCGUGGAGGACUGCGAGACGCACCAGCUCACCUCGGACGGCCAGUGCUGUGAGGAGUGCCCCCCAGGGGAGGGCGUGGAGAAAGAGUGCGGGGCAACGCAGACCGUCUGCGCUCAGUGCCUGGACAGCGAGACGUACUCGGAGAACUACAGCACCACGGAGCAGUGCAAGCCGUGCACCGAGUGCACGGGGCUGAUGCGCAUGCAGACGCCGUGCACCGACUCCAACGACGCCACCUGCGUGUGCGACUACAACUUCUUCCUGAGCGAGCUGUCGGCCCGCUGCGAGCCGUGCACCGUGUGCCCCGCCGGCGAGGGCGUGCUGCAGCACUGCGAGUACGACCGCGACACCUUGUGCGAGACGUGCUCCGACGACACCUACUCGGACCGCGACAGCUCUCUGGACCCCUGCCUGCCCUGCACCAUGUGCGAGGAGGCCACCGAGAAGGAGAUCGCCGCCUGCACGCCGCUCGGGGACUCGGUGUGCCACAAUCCCCUCCUCCCGACGUACCCCCCCACGCCCUUCGACCUGGGAAUCUCCCCCCCGUCCUUCGGCGACGAACAUCCUUCACCCCCCGACGACUCCAGCAGCCCGUCGCCGGGGGAGACCACCACGGCCGGCCCCGGCUCCCCGCGCUUCCUGGGCCACGGCAUCAACGAGAACCUCAUCCCGGUCUACUGCUCCAUCCUGGCCGCCGUGGUGGUGGGGCUGGUGGCCUACAUCGUCUUCAAGAGGUGGAACAGCUGCAAGCAGAACAAGCAGCCGGCUAAUAACCGGGCGGCGGCGGCCAAUCAGACGGUGUCGCCGGAGGGGGAGAAGCUGCACAGCGACAGCGGCAUCUCGGUGGACAGCCAGAGCCUGCAGGAGCAGCAGGCCCACGCCCACGGCCUGGCCUCGCGCUCACACACACAGGAGCACAUAGUGGUCCGAGUGGACGGGGGUCCUCAGCCUGACUCACCCCCCCCCCAGGUCUGAACGCCGG